AUUCACACCUCUCUAAUUAAUGGACGGCCUAGUGCUGAUGAUCCUUCACGUGUACUACUAGAAUUCACCUCUGCUCGCUUUAUUCGCCUGAGAUUUCAGAGGAUACGGACACUAAAUGCUGAUUUAAUGAUGUUUGCACACAAAGAUCCAAAUGAAAUUGAUCCCAUUGUUACAAGGAGGUAUUACUAUUCUAUAAAAGAUAUCUCUGUUGGAGGCAUGUGUAUAUGUUCAGGCCAUGCAAAGGCUUGUCCAUUGGAUCCAGUGACCAAUAAAUCCAUCUGUCAGUGUGAGCACAACACAUGCGGAGAGACAUGUGAUCACUGUUGUCCUGGUUUCAAUCAAAAGCCUUGGCAUGCUGGCACUUUCCUGGUUAAGCAUGAAUGUGAACCAUGCAACUGUCAUGGGAAGACUGAGGAGUGUUACUAUGAUCAGGAUGUUGCAGACAGAAAUCAGAGUUUGAAUGUCCAUGGAGAAUACAUUGGGGGUGGAGUGUGUGUGAAUUGUACCAGCUACACUGGUGGAAUAAACUGCGAGACCUGCAUUGAUGGUUACUUCAGACCUAAAGGGGUAUUGCCAGAUAGCCCAGAUCCAUGCCAGCCAUGUUCCUGUGAUCCAAAUGGGUCUUUAAAUGGUACCUGUGUCAAAGAUGAGAAACGUGCAGAAGGAGAUAUGUUGCCUGGUUUCUGUCACUGCAAGACUGGCUAUGCAGGAGAGAGCUGCAAUAGGUGUGCCUUGGGUUAUAUGGGAUAUCCUGAAUGCCUGCCCUGCAACUGCUCGCUGCAAGGCAGUGCAAAUGCCAACCCUUGCAUAGGUCCCUGCAUCUGCAAGGAACAUGUUGAAGGAGAAAACUGUGAUCGCUGCAAACCAGGUUUCUUCAAUCUGCAGCAGAAUAAUCCCAAAGGCUGUGAGGAGUGUUUCUGCUCUGGGAAAACAAACAUCUGCACACACUCUCACCUUACCUAUGGAAGUAUAGAAGACAUGAAUGGCUGGUAUCUGACUGACUUACCAGGUCUCAUCAGAGUUACCCUCAUGCAGAAGAGAUUUGGUGGACGUCAGCAAUAUAGCAUCAGCAACGUGGCUGCACGAAAAGUACUACCACAGACUUAUUAUUGGAGUGCACCUAGUUCUUAUUUGGGCAACAAAGUGGCAGCUGCCGGCGGACAUCUGAAGUUUACAGUCUCCUAUGACUUCACAAAGGAAGAAGAGACAGUUCAAUUGAUGGUUCAAUCUGAUGUCAUCAUAGAGGGAGGUGACUUGAGAAUCAGCACUCCAAAAGGGGGCAUUCACCUGCAGCCUUCUGAAGAGCACACUGAAGAAAUUGUGCUGAAACCAGAAUCUUUCUCUGUGUAUGGCACUGAUGUUCCACUCAGCAGGAGGGAGUUCAUGACUCUCCUUGCAAACGUAAGAAGGAUCCUCAUAAGAGCCACAUACAGCAAUGGGAUGAAUGCCAUCUACAGGCUAAGAAGUGUUAGCAUUGAAGCUGCUGACCACACUUCAGCUGGGAGAAAGGUGGCAUCUGCAGUGGAGUUAUGUGACUGUCCCCUGGGGUAUGAUGGUACCUCAUGUGAGUCUUGCUGGCCUCGACACAGGCGCGUGAAUGGCACAAUUUUUGGUGGAGUCUGUGAACCAUGUACAUGCUUUGGUCAUGCAGAAUCGUGUGACGAUAUCACAGGAGAGUGCCUGGACUGCAAACACAACACAGGUGGUUCAUAUUGUGAUAGAUGUCUUCCUGGCUUCUAUGGUGACCCUACUAAAGGAACAGCUGAAGAUUGUUUGUUGUGUGCUUGCCCCCUAAAUAUACCUUCCAACAACUUUAGCCCAACAUGCCAUUUUGACCGAAGUCAUGGAUUAAUAUGUGAUGAAUGCCCAGCAGGGUACGUGGGACCACGCUGUGAAAGGUGUGCAGAAGGCUAUUUUGGACAACCACUAAUACCAGGGGGAUCGUGCCAGCCAUGCCAGUGUAAUGACAACCUUGAUUUCUCCAUUCCUGGCAGCUGUGACAGCUUGUCUGGUGCUUGCCUGAUAUGUAAGCCAGGUACAACAGGCCAAUAUUGUGAGAGGUGUGCUGAUGGAUAUUUUGGUGAUGCUCUUGACGCAAGGAACUGUCAACCCUGUCACUGUCACAUCAAUGGCUCCUUCUCAGAGAUCUGUGACUCUCGGACAGGCCAGUGCAAGUGUAAAGCCAAUGUGAUUGGGCGCCGGUGUGAUGUCUGCAAGCCUGAAACAUUUGGUUUACAGUCUUCAGGAGGAUGUGUUCCCUGCAACUGCAACUCUUUUGGUUCCAAGUCUUUCGACUGUGAUGGAGAUGGACAGUGUUACUGCCAGCCUGGAGUGACAGGAAAGAAGUGUGACCACUGUGCUCAUGGAUUUUACAACUUUGAAGAAGGAGGCUGUACUCCCUGUGAUUGUUCACGUUUUGGUAAUAACUGUGAUCCCACCAGUGGCCGUUGUAUCUGCCCUCCCAAUACUGUUGGAGAGAUGUGUGACAAAUGUGCACCAAAUCACUGGGGCCAUAACAUUGUCAGUGGCUGCAAGCCCUGUGACUGCAGCCUUGUUGGAGCCCUGAGUACUCAGUGUGACUUAAAUACAGGAUGUUGCUUCUGCCGCCCUGAAUUCUCUGGGGAUAAAUGCACUGAGUGCAGGUUGGGUUUCUGGAAUUAUCCACAAUGUGUUGCUUGUCAGUGCUUCCUGGCAGGGACCAAUCCACAGAGCUGUGAUACAGAGCUGGGGAAGUGCUCAUGCAUUGAUCAUACUGGCCAGUGCAGCUGCAAGGUUAAUGUGGAAGGUGUCCACUGUGACAGGUGCAAAUCUGGUACAUUUGGUCUCUCUGCCAGAAACCCUCUUGGUUGCAGCAAUUGCUAUUGCUUUGGCCUGACCACACAGUGCAGUGAGGCAAAGGGGCUGAUCCGCAUGUGGGUGACCUUGAAACCAGAGCAAAUGAUUCUGCCACUGGUAGAUGAAAAGCUUCAGCGCAGCACUCUUUCAGGAAUUGCAUUCCAGCCUCCUGAAAUAGUAGCAAAUAUAGAAGCGGUGAUGCGGGAUUUACGGUCAGAACCUGUUUACUGGAGACUUCCAGAGCAGUUUGAGGGUCAAAAGCUGACCACUUAUGGAGGGAAACUGAAAUACGCAAUCUACUUUGAAGCACGAGAAGAGACAGGUUUUACUACUUACUACCCACAAGUCAUCAUAAGAGGUGGGCCUCCUACCAAUACAAGGAUCAUUGUCCGACAUAUGGCUGCCCCUCUGAUCGGGCAGCUGACAAGGCAUGAGAUAGAGAUGACAGAGGCAGAUUUCACCUGGAAAUAUUAUGGAGAUGAAUCAAGACCAAGUAGACCUGUAUCCCGGGAAGACUUCCUGAAUGUGUUGUAUGAUGUUCAUUACAUUCUUAUUAAGGCUACUCAUGGCAAUAUCAUGAGGCAGAGCAGGAUUUCUGAGAUCUCGAUGGAAGUUGCUGAAGGAGGUGCUGUAUCUGGGAUGACUCCUCAGGCUUACUUGAUUGAGAAAUGUAACUGCCCGUUGGGUUAUACUGGCUUAUCUUGUGAGUCAUGCUCUCCAGGAUUUUAUAGGCUUCCAUCUCCACCUGCGGGAAGGACACCUGCUCAGCCCUUAGGCGCCUGUGUUGUGUGUCAAUGUCAUGGGCACAGUACUAUGUGUGACUCUGAAACAUCAAUUUGUCAGAAUUGUCAGCACAAUACUGCUGGUCAGCACUGUGAGAGAUGUGCAUUGGGAUUUUACGGCAUUGUCCAAGGGUCUCCCGGUGACUGUAAGCCUUGUGCUUGCCCACUACGCAGUUCUACUAACAAUUUUAGCCCUUCUUGUGUUGCGGAAGGACCUAGUGAUUACCGGUGUACUGCAUGCCCACCUGGAUAUGAAGGCCAGUAUUGUGAAAGAUGUUCCCCUGGCUACAUGGGAAAUCCACAAACUCCAGGAGGCUCCUGCCAGGAAUGUGAGUGUGAUCGAUAUGGUUCCCUGCCUGUCCCCUGUGAUCCUGUCACUGGACAGUGCACUUGCAAGCCUGGAUUCACAGGGUGGAAGUGUGCUGGCUGUGAACAUCGGCAUGCGCGUGAUGGCAUGAAAUGCAUUUGUACGUAUACUGAUAUCAUUUUGGAUACUUUUUGA